AGCAUACUCCAGCGACUCUUUACCUUGUUCCUCGGAAUUCUAACGCAUAUUGUUCAAAUGGAGUUUCGUUAUAACGCAACGGGCUCGAUGGCCUCCUUAUCAACUUUGUCAUUAGACUCUCUUAUUGUAGAAACACCUCCCGAGAAGAGACAGUCGAUUUUUAGGAAGAUUUUCACAGCCGUCUCGACACAAUGGACUCGUACCUACCGAGAAACAUGGUCAGAUUUACGCUCUAUCGGAUGGGCACGUGCAGGACUCUGGACCCUUUUUGCCUUGUGGACUAUGACGGUGUUGGGUUUCUUUAUUUUUAUUGCCCUAUAUAACUCAUACGAUUUCGAGAUUCAUAAUGGAUCAGCAUGUAGGACCGACGGUUCAUUUAUAAUUAAUUCGUCUGACUAUAGCCUAUGGAAAUCGUCGAGCUUCUUCGAUAUAAGUUUGGGUUUUGGGAACCUAACUUUUGCCGAGGCAAAAGUUAUUGACAUAUCAUGGGAUAUAGUAAUUGGGCGUGGAGGACAAGCACUUAUGGCACUGGUGUCUUGGCGAGUAUUUGCCGACUAUGUAACCACCUCAAUGGAGUUUGCACCUGUGACUUUCACAGUUUUUUCCAUCAUAUUCCUGCAGGAUGAGCCAUCCUUCUUUUCGACAAUAAGCAUCGUUCGAGCUUUUAUCUCCGGACGGGGUCUUAAAUCUAAAAUGGCUAUGGUUUUCAUGGUCCUAACCAUGAUAUUUAUCAUAGCAUGGCCAACGGUUGCUGGCGCAAUGACUGGGUAUACUACUAUCGGCAAAGCGUUUGUCCCAGAUAUUGAUAACAAUUACAUCCCAUACUCGGCUUUCCGACCACUGGCAUAUAUCGUCCAUGACGGAGGGAGAGUCAAUCUCACUAACAAUUAUAUAUAUUUUGACUCUGAACGCAGUCAUAAGGAACCAGUUGCUUCUUAUGGCAACUUUUUCGAGAUUUGCGGCUUCUCUGAUAAUUACAUAGAAACUGACUGUUGGUUGCAGUCUAAUGUAUCUACCUAAUGUAUCUUCGUACGGGUUCUAUGGCCUAAAAAAUAUAUCAUCUCGCUGGAUGAAUGCGACAAUCCCAAGCCCAACGCUGAAUAUAUCAGCCUUUUACAUACCUCCAUCCGGGUCUUUUUAUGGAUUUGACUGGUCCGGCGACCCAGGGACGGGACAUACGCGAGAAUU